AUGUCCCCCAGCACUGCCGCGCACUCUCCAGAAGAGGAUGAAUGGGCUCGUAUAGAGCAUAUAGCUGAGAACGCAUUCACGUUCUCUGAUAUAUGCUCCGAGCCUGGCAGUACUGGGCCGAGUAGCCUUACUACUACUAGCACGGGUGUAAAUAGUACGAGUGGAGUCGUAUCCCAUUCCGAUAUCGAUCGCGACGCGUCGCUCGACGCGUUUUCGACGUUCGGGGGCACCCGGAAUGUAGACAAGAGCGAGGAGGAUCAGGAAGAGAACAAUCUGAUCUCUGUAGCGAUGGGAUAUCUCCCCGGCCCUCAAUGCAUGGACGAUUAUGACGACGAGGAAAUAACGGGAAAGACAGGGAAGGACGUCGAACCCGUUGCCGACCAGCUCGCUCUACCCAGCCCGGCCGAUAGUGCUACCACUUCAAACACUCUGACUGCGGUAGAUCAACACCCAGCUCAAUCGGCGACCGUUGCCCCAGUCCCCUCGACCGACCUCUACUGCACCUUCAACGAAGCUAUCCUGAGCAUGAUCGAGUCCCUGUCCAAAACCGAACCGACUCAGUUCGCCGCCACUGCAACUCCGUCCAACGUUGAGUCCUACGCGGGCGUUGCGUAUACCGCGUACAAUGGACAACUUGAGGAUAUCGAGAUGGUCGACAACCCCGCUGACCAAAGGGAAGAGGAAGAAGAAAGCACGAGCGACGAAGGUUCGGUGGCGUGUUGCAGCAGCGUCGAAGGCGCGGACCCGCCGGGCGAAACGAAUAGAGAGUAUAGCGAAAUAAGUAUCGCCAACGAAGCAAAACCUACCAAGUUCAAACCAGGCCUGAGUCCAGGGAAGUCCCCGAAACAGGACCCAGCAGUGAAUGGCUUAGUAGGUUUUGCUGUGGGCAUUUAA